GGACAAGACAACUGCAGAUCCUGUCAAGAUGCACUAGGGCUGUUGAGAGAGAGAGAGAGAGAGAGAGAGAGAGAGAGAGAGAAGAGAGGAAAAAAAAGACGCAGUCUCCAGCUCGGGUCCUUCAGCGGAGAUGAUCGCGGCGUGUGUGUGUCUGCGCGUGCGCGUGCGUCCCGCUGCUCGCGCGCAUUCGAGGCGAUCGAUGUGUUUGCCUGUUGAAAAUGCGAGAAGAAGAAGAAGGAGCAGCUCAUCACCGCUGUGGUAGAGGUUCCUCCCGACCGAAGAGAGGAGAGGGAACCAAACAGGGAGCUCCUCCCGAGGCCCUGACGCUCGCUUAGAAACCGACCGUGCGUUUUCUUCUUCUUCUUCUUCUGUCUGAGAGGUUGAAUAAAACACGUCCCCCCCCCAUUCAUAUUCCAAACACACGAUCAGAUACACCGUGCGCCUUCCCUCCCCCCUCCCUCCCCUCUGCUCCAUCCCUCCCUCCCUCCCUCCCUCUCCACUCUCAAAUGGAGGUAUCUUCUCGGCGCUGAACAUCUGUGCAGGAGACACAGAUAGAUACAGGGAGGAGGAGGAGGAGGAGAAAGAGACUACAAGAGAGAUUUAAGCCAAAGAUUCUCUCAUUCUGCAUGUGCGUCCGGAGCCGAGGCCUGAUGGGGCGGUGGCAUGUGGAGGGGUCACUCUGAGGUUCCCCCCCGGCUCCUUCCUAACCUCUGGCGUUUGGUGUCUGCAGAAUGGCGCGUUUUGGAGACGAGCUACCCAACAGGUAUGGAGGAGGAGGAGGAGGAGGAGGUGGUGGUGGCGGUGGUGGCGGGGGUGCCGGCGGACAAGGGGGGCCCGGCGGCCGCGGCGGCUCCAGGCAAGGGGGGCCCCCCGGGGCGCAGCGGAUGUACAAGCAGUCGAUGGCCCAGCGAGCCCGGACCAUGGCCCUGUACAACCCCAUACCCGUCCGGCAGAGCUGCCUAACGGUCAACCGCUCCCUCUUCCUCUUCAGCGAAGACAACUUCGUGAGGAAGUACGCCAAAAAGAUCACCGAGUGGCCUCCGUUCGAGUGGAUGAUCCUCACCACCAUCAUCGCAAACUGCAUCGUCCUGGCUCUGGAGCAGCAUCUUCCUGACGGAGACAAGACGCCUCUGUCCGAGCGACUGGAGGAGACUGAGCCCUACUUCAUCGCCAUCUUCUGCUUCGAGUCGGGGAUAAAGAUCCUGGCUCUUGGUUUUGCGUUACACAAGGGCUCCUACCUGAGGAACGGCUGGAACGUCAUGGACUUCGUGGUCGUGCUCACCGGCAUUCUGUCGUCGGUGGGCUCGCAGCUCGACCUGAGGACGCUGCGAGCCGUCCGAGUGCUGCGACCACUCAAACUGGUGUCGGGGAUUCCCAGCCUGCAGGUGGUGCUCAAGUCCAUCAUGAAGGCCAUGAUCCCCCUGCUGCAGAUCGGCCUGCUGCUGUUCGUGGCCAUCCUCAUGUUCGCCAUCAUUGGCCUGGAGUUCUACAUGGGAAAGUUCCACACCACCUGCUACGACGAAUUCACAGGCGAGGAGGUGGACGAGUUGCCGUGCGGCACAGAGUUGCCGUCCCGGCUGUGUCCGAACGGCACGGUGUGCAAAGGAGGCUGGAUCGGACCCAACAACGGCAUCACGCAGUUCGACAACAUCCUGUUCGCCGUGCUCACCGUCUUCCAGUGCAUCACCAUGGAGGGAUGGACGGACAUGCUCUACUACAGUAACGACGUGGAGGGCAGCGCCUGGAACUGGAUGUACUACAUCCCCCUCAUAAUCAUUGGCUCCUUCUUCAUGCUCAACCUGGUGCUGGGCGUCCUCUCAGGUGAAUUUGCCAAAGAGAGAGAGCGAGUGGAGAACAGGAGCGAGUUCCUCAAGCUGCGGCGACAGCAGCAGAUCGAGCGCGAGCUCAACGGAUACCUGGAGUGGAUCUGCAAAGCAGAGGAGGUGAUUCUGGCCGAGGAAGACACCACGGGGAACUUUGACGGUUCGAGGCGACGGCCCACCAUCAAAACCAAAAACAACAAGACGGAGCUGCUGAAGUCCGAGGAGGGGGAGGACAACCUGGGGGACGCCGUGGGCUUCGCCCGCUCCAGUAUGAACGGCAAGGACGGCUCCAACUACAACAAGAACGAGCGGCGCAUGCGAUUCUUCAUCCGCAAGAUAGUGAAGACGCAGGCCUUCUAUUGGACGGUGCUCUGCCUGGUGGGCCUGAACACCAUGUGUGUGGCCGCGGUGCACUACAACCAGCCGGAGCUGCUCUCGGACUUCCUCUUCUAUGCAGAGUUUAUCUUCCUCGCUUUGUUCAUGUCUGAGAUGCUGAUCAAGAUGUACGGCCUGGGCAUCACGCCCUACUUCCACUCCUCAUUCAACUGCUUCGACUGUGUGGUGAUCGUGGGCAGCAUCUUCGAGGUGGUGUGGGCCACCAUCAAACCAGGCACGUCCUUUGGGAUCAGCGUGCUACGAGCUCUGCGACUGCUCCGCAUCUUCAAAGUCACCAAGUACUGGGCUCCUCUCCGGAACCUGGUGGUUUCCCUGCUGAACUCCAUGAAGUCCAUCGUCAGUUUGCUCUUCCUCCUCUUCCUCUUCAUCGUGGUCUUCGCCUUGUUGGGGAUGCAGCUGUUCGGAGGACAAUUCAACUUUGAAGCCGGAACUCCGCCGACCAACUUUGACACCUUUGCGGCGGCGAUCAUGACGGUGUUUCAGAUCCUGACAGGAGAGGACUGGAACGUGGUGAUGUACGACGCCAUCAAGUCGCAGGGAGGGGUGAACGACAAGGGGAUGGUCUUCUCCAUCUUCUUCAUCGUCCUCACACUUUUUGGCAACUACACUUUGCUCAAUGUGUUCUUGGCCAUCGCUGUGGACAAUCUGGCCAACGCUCAGGAGCUCACCAAGGAUGAGGAGGAACAAGAGGAGGCAGCCAAUCAGAAGACGGCCAUGCAGAAGGCCAAGGAGGUGGCGGAGGUCAGCCCGCUGUCCGCAGCCAACCUGUCUAUUGCUGCUAAGGAGCAGCAGAAGAACAACCUCAAGGGCAACAAGUCCGUGUGGGAGCAGAGGACGAGCGAGAUCCGCAAGCAGAACCUGAUGACAAGCCGCGAGGCGCUCUACAAUGAGCUUGAGCAGGAGGACUGGAAGGUGGGCGAGGAGGGAGAGGAGGUGGCCUACCCCCGAAAGGCACCCGGUGACAUGAAGACCCACUUGGACCGGCCUCUGGUGGUUAACCCACAGGACAACCGCAACAACAACACCAACAAGACCCAACCUGGCGAGCUGCCUCUGGAGCAGGAGUACCAGCACCAGGACAUCGACCACUACCGCCGAGCCGCCCACUCCCACCACCACCACCACCACCACCAUCACCAUCCACGCCGCGGAGACACGAGCCAGCCAGCAGAGACCCGGGUGGAGCACGGGUUCAGCUGCACGUCCCUGGGGAACGUGGAGGGCAGCGUGGCGGGCCAACAGGGGGAGGAGAGGCACGGCCACCGGAGCCACCGGGGCCACAGGCACAGGAACAGGGAAGGCAGGGAGACUCGCAGCGUAUCGCCCCGCCGCACCGAGGCGGGAGAGGGGAACCACGAGCACAAGAGGUCCAGGCAGCACCGCAGGGCAGCCAGGGAGGGGGAGGAGGGCAGGAGACACAGAUCCAGGGGGACGGAGGUAGAGGGGGAGAAAGGAGAGGAAGGGGAGGGACGCAAGGCGAGACGGCAUCGCCACGGCAACCAGGAGAGGAGCAGAGGGCAUCGCACCAGAAGGGAGCACCACAGCACCGGUCCCAGUCUCUCCACCACACGACCUAUCCAGCAGUACAACGAGGACCUGGACAACUUCCGCAACAACAGCAAGCUGGCCGGUGCCCACGAGCCUCCUUACGCCCUCCCGCCGGACCACCCUGACCACCUCGACCACGUCAACAACCUGCUGAACAGCCGCGAUGCCGACACCCACACCCUGCUCCACAGCAUGGACAGCCUGAUCCUGACCAGCAUGGCCAAGCCCGACUACACGACCAUAGACAUGCCCCCCGUCUACCCCUACCCCUCCACCAACGCCAUCCUGCAAGUGAACAAGAACGCCAACACCGACCAGAAGAAGAGCGAGGAGAAGAAGGAGGAGGAGGACGAGGAAGGCGACGACGGCGGCCCCAAACCCAUGCCUCCAUACAGCUCCUGCUUCAUAAUGUCCACCACCAACCCGUUCCGCAAGUGCUGUCACUACAUCCUGACUCUGAAGUAUUUUGAGUUCAGCAUCCUCUCUGUGAUCGCAAUGAGCAGCAUCGCCCUCGCGGCAGAGGACCCCGUCUGGCCCGACUCGCCGCGGAACAAUGUGCUGCGUUAUUUUGACUACGUUUUCACAGGCGUCUUCACGUUCGAAAUGUUGAUCAAGAUGGUGGUGCUGGGCUUGUUUCUCCACCAGGGCUCCUACUUCCGCGACUUGUGGAACAUUCUGGACUUUAUAGUGGUUAGUGGUGCUCUGGUGGCCUUCGCCUUCACGCCGAGCACCACCCGGGGGAGCAGCAAGGGCAAGGACAUCAGUACGAUCAAGUCCCUCCGAGUUCUGAGGGUGCUGCGCCCUCUGAAGACCAUCAAGCGCCUCCCCAAGUUAAAGGCCGUGUUCGACUGUGUGGUCAACUCCCUGAAGAACGUCCUGAACAUCUUGAUCGUCUACAUGCUCUUCAUGUUCAUCUUCGCCGUCGUGGCCGUCCAGCUCUUCAAGGGGCGCUUCUUCUUCUGCACGGACGAAUCCAAAGAGUUUGAGCGCGACUGCAGGGGCGAGUACCUGGUGUAUGAUAGAGAUGAGGUAAAAGCUCAGAAGCGGGAGUGGAAGAAGUACGAUUUUCACUACGACAACGUGGCUUGGGCCCUGCUCACCCUCUUCACCGUCUCGACUGGAGAGGGGUGGCCGCAGGUGUUAAAGCACUCAGUGGACUCCACCUAUGAGAAUCAGGGCCCUAGCCCAGGUUACAGGAUGGAAAUGUCCAUCUUUUACGUGGUGUACUUCGUUGUCUUCCCCUUCUUCUUCGUGAACAUCUUCGUGGCUCUCAUCAUCAUCACCUUCCAGGAACAGGGGGAUAAGAUGAUGGAGGAUUACAGCUUAGAAAAGAAUGAGAGAGCCUGUAUAGAUUUUGCCAUAAACGCCAGGCCUCUGACGCGCCACAUGCCGAAGAACAAACUGAGCUUCCAGUAUCGCAUGUGGCAGUUUGUGGUGUCGCCGCCCUUCGAGUACAGCAUCAUGGCUCUGAUCGCGCUCAACACCAUCGUCCUCAUGAUGAAGUUCGACGGUGCGUCAACAACCUACUAUGACGUCCUGAAGUACCUCAACAUCGUGUUUACCACCUUCUUCUUCAUGGAGUCGGUCCUCAAGAUCAUCGCUUUCGGCCCUCUGAAUUACUUCAGAGACGCCUGGAACAUUUUUGAUUUUGUGUCCGUCCUCGGAAGCAUCACCGACAUAUUAGUGACAGAAAUUUGGAACAACUUCAUCAACCUGAGCUUCCUGAGGUUGUUCAGGGCGGCUCGCCUCAUCAAGCUGCUGCGGCAGGGGGAGACCAUCCGCAUCCUGCUGUGGACCUUCGUCCAGUCCUUCAAGGCGCUGCCUUACGUGUGUCUGCUCAUCGCCAUGCUCUUCUUCAUCUACGCCAUUAUCGGAAUGCAGUUGUUUGGUAACCUGGCACUCGACGAGGAGGGAGCAAGUGCCAUCAAUGAGCACAACAACUUCAGAACCUUCAUCAUGGCCCUGAUGCUGCUCUUCAGGAGCGCUACCGGGGAGGCGUGGCAUGACAUCAUGUUGGCCUGCCUGGGCAGCAAGGAGUGCGACCCGGCCUCGGGGAACACAGAACACGAGUGUGGCAGCACCUUCGCCUACACCUACUUUGUCUCCUUCAUCUUCCUCUGCUCUUUCCUGAUGCUGAAUCUGUUUGUGGCUGUGAUCAUGGACAACUUUGAGUACCUGACCAGAGACUCCUCCAUCCUGGGGCCGCAUCACCUGGACGAGUACGUAAGGAUAUGGGCCGAGUACGACCCCGCCGCCUGCGGGCGCAUACAUUAUAAGGAUAUGUACAGUUUAUUGCGAGUUAUCUCCCCUCCCCUGGGCCUUGGCAAGAAAUGCCCACAUAGGGUGGCCUGCAAGAGGCUGCUGCGCAUGGAUCUGCCGGUUGCAGAUGACAACUCGGUGCAUUUUAACUCCACCCUCAUGGCUCUGAUCAGGACAGCACUGGACAUAAAGAUUGCCAAGGGGGGUGCAGACAAGCACCAGAUGGAUGCCGAGCUGAGAAAGGAGAUGAUGGCCAUUUGGCCAAAUUUGUCGCAGAAGACGCUGGACCUGCUGGUGACGCCGCACAAGGCAGCCACAGACUUGACGGUGGGCAAAAUCUACGCCGCCAUGAUGAUCAUGGAAUACUACCGCCAGAGCAAGACGAAAAGGCUGCAGGCCCUGCGUGAGGAACAGAACCGAACGCCAUUAAUGUUUCAGCGCAUGGAGCCGCCCUCCGAGGGAGGGGGCACGGACGGCCAGGGGGGGCAGGGCGUGAACGGCCUCCCCAGCACCCAGCCGGACAACGUCAGCAGCAUACCUCCUGAGGGUGGCAUGACCGAGAGCCAGUCGUGGGUGACGGCCAAAGCCCAGGAAAUGUUCCAGAAGACGGAUAACUGGAGCCCCGACAGACCCUACCCCGACGACCCCCACGACAACCGGCACAACCCCCAGACGGUAGAGAUGAGGGAGAUGGGGCGGGACGGGUACUCCGACACUGAGCCCUGUCACCCAGUGGAUGGGCACGGGCGGACCCUCUCCAUGCCCCGCCUCUCGGCAGACAACCAAAGAGUUCACGCUGUCUCGCGGAGGAGACACAGGCCCCGUGGAAAUAACCUCAGUACCAUCACCGACACCAGUCCGAUGCGCCGCUCCACCUCCAGCCUGGUCCACGGGCGGACGGGCCGGGGCGUGAGACUGGACGACUACUCCCUGGAGAGGGUGGUGUCCGAGGAGGGCCGGCACGGAGGAGGAGGAGGAGGAGGAGGAGGAGGACGCAGGCACAGGGACAGGAGCCAUCGCACCUCGCAGCGCUCUCUGACCAGAUACACCGACGCAGACACGGGACUGGGCACAGACCUGAGCACCACCACGCAGUCGGGUGACCUGCCACCCAAGGAGCGCGAGCGGGACCGCGGCCGGACCAAGGACCGCCGUCACCAUCACCACCACCAUCAUCACCACAGCUCCAUGGACAAGGAGCGCUACGGCCCCGACCGCCACGACUACCCUCACAGGCAUCCCCAGGACCGCCACUGGUCCCGGUCGCCCAGCGAGGGGCCUGACGGACGAGGUCAAAGACAGGGCAGUAGUUCGGUGAGCGGCAGCCCAGUCCCCUCCACCUCGGGGACCAGUACUCCACGGAGAGGUCGUCGCCAGCUACCCCAGACCCCUGCUGUCCCCCGUCCACAUGUCACCUACUCCCCCGCCGUUCGCAAGCCCAGCUACGGCCCCCCGGGGCCGGGCCGUCUGCGAUCGCCUUCCCCCCGACACUUCUCCCCGCCAGAUCACGACAGAGGCUACCACCAUCGACCCCCGUCGCGCCAAGACUCUCCCCACCACGGGGGUUCGUCAUCCCGCCACGGUUCGCCACGCUCCCCGAGGCACCAGUCCCCACGCUCGCCCCUCCAUGGCUCACCUAGGUCCCCUCACCGAGGCCGCUGGAGUGGGCCUCCGCCUGGCGACAGCCUGGAGGGCGACGGACCCUUCUACGAGCACGACUAUGAGUAUGAGCGGCACCAUGAGCCCCCUGCCUACGAGCAAAGCCUCUCCCAUGGCAACCCACAUCCACAUGGGGGAAAUUCUCACCCUCACCCACGAUCACCUAGGACUGCCCGCCACGGGCCCCCACCGCCCCCUCACCCGCAUCCACGGAGGGUACCCAAUGGCUACCGUUCAACCUCACCUUCCCCGCAUCGAAGGGGACCACCCGGGGCACCCCCCCACCCGCACCACCGUCCCCCCCAUGCCAGAGGGCCCCGCAAGGGCCUGCAUGAACCUUAUAGUGAGACGGACGAAGAUGACUGGUGCUAGCGACGACAGGGAGCGAGGGAUAAGGGCAGGAGAGGAGAAGAGUAGCAGCAACCUCUGGUUCUCUGGCCUCGGAUAUGUAGACUUUUAAUAAAGCAGUAGUGGUGGAAAUGUUGGGGGGAGGGGGUUCGGACGCCCUUAACGCCCUCUACCCUCACCCCUCGGACUCUGAAUGAGAGGAAGGGGCAGAGGGGAGUGGGGUGAUGGUGCUGCAGUAGCCUUUUACACAUUUUGUGUAAGACUCAAAUCAGUGACAGAGCAGCACACGGAAAAAAAUGAGAAAAGAGACCGCCAAGGUGACCGGGGCAAGGCCCGGGCACAGUUUACCAUCUGCCUCUCCGUCUCAGGACUAAACAUCCCAGAAUUCUCUGCUUGACCAGCAAGGCCAGGCUGCAGGAGGAAGAGAAAGGCGUGGGAGCAGAAAACAAGGGAGGAGCAUGUCGCUGUCAAAAAAAAUCGGCCCGUCGAUCAUUGCCGUUUACGAGGCCUAAAAGCACUUCUCCCAGACUGACGCGCGAUUUGGAUAGUUUUUUCAGACGUGUGCUGUCUGUCGCCAGCCAGUUUGCUAAUGUAAAAGCCUGAAAACGAAUUGGAACGCGGAGUCGCCUGCUUCGACAGCUCCGCCACUCCACAGAUGCGUUUUGAGAAAAAAUAAAGAAACUAAAAGCCAGGACCCCCUAAACCCUUACAUGCCAAGCUAUGCCUCCAGAAAAUCAAACUUGAACAAUGAAGAACAAAAUGAAUCUUUACGUAACGAACAACGCAAAAGAGAGAGAAAAAAAAGGGAGAACAACCACUUUAUCUUUAACCUUUUUCCUUUCCAAGGGACAGAACCAGGAAGCUCCGCCUAUACUGCAAAAACCAGCCAAUCACAGCGCUGGCUGAUAUUUGAUGAGUUUUAUCAUCUCUGUUUACUGUUAAAGACUCACUUAAUGCUGACAGAACUGGUGUGGCAUCACUUCCUGUCUGGCGGUGGUCGUAGUGGAGGGUGGGUGGGGGGGCAGUACGGUGUGAGCUCGUUUCCUGUUUGAGUGCGCUAUGGGGGGGGGGGGGGGCGGCGAGCUCAGUUGACUAGAGAAGGGAGUCGGACACUUUCAUGAAGCCCCCUCCUCGGUCACUCGUCUCGGCGCGCGGGGAGGAUUACCUGACAGGAAAUGACAUCACACAGUUGGAUGGGGGGGAAGACUAAUUUUCUUCAGUAUUUCUUCUAUCGAUUACUUCUCCUUCUUGUUCUUCUUCGGACAUUGGAGCUUGGUUCUUCUGUUGCAUUCGCUCAGCCUCCUUUGAUCUUUUCCGGAGUCCAAAAAUUCGAUGGAAACCUGCAUGAUUGAUUAAAUACAUACUAGAGAGGAAGUCUUACUGGUGUGGCUGGGACCUGGGGGCUUUAUAGGAAACUUUGCUUCUUUAGGUUUACAAAAGAAGUUCCCUUCUUUCAGUCUCUCUCUCUCUCACGUCUUGAUGUAAUUAUCGGUUCCCUUUUGCCCGAAAAGAAAUGAGAAAAAAAAGGCUUUGACAGACGGCCGAUUGGUUUGUCCUGACUCAGAUCAAAGGCUACGUUUCUACAACCUUUGUAGAAGACGGAGGCGCAGCAGGGUCACGUCACCGUUUCCUGCUGCACUCAAGAGACCAAGAGGGAGAAAGAGCAGAGAGCAGCGGACUUCUACCACACUUGAUUUAUUAUUGUUAAUGAUGAUAGUCUUAUGAAUAAUGAUAUCAAUGUCAAUGCAAACUGAGAUGACAAUGAUGAUGAUGAUGCUGAUGAUGAUUGACUGAUUGAUUGAUAGUACAUGUUGCCGUAGAUUUGUUGUCAUGUUAUUUGGAGUUCAAGUUGGCUAAUGCUACGUCCAUCUUGUUUACAUCCUUUUAUGUUUUUUUAUUCCCCUGUUUACUGACAUUUACCGGGCUCCCCGUUUUGCAAUGGCGGCUUGGGGGAACGUUCCACUUUGGCGUCGUUGCGUGUUGUAACGCAACUCUUAAGAUACACAAUCUCUCUGCAGAAUGGUGGAGGUAAGGGGGAGUCUCCUGCACCUGACUCGCAAUGACUCCUGGGGGUUAGUACUCUUGGUCAAGCCAACCCAAAGAUCAAGAACUCAGAGUUUGUUGCGAUGUAGAGAAGUUUUGCAAACCUGCAGAUGUUCACAGACGUUCUACCCAAGGUUGAAUUCUUCCACUUGCAGCCAAAAACAAAAAAAACCAACAACCUACAAAACUCCAUCUUGUCCCUUUUGUUUGGUUCUGUAGUUCUCCAGCAGCGACAGCAAAGUAUUGGUGGAGCGGUGUUGGGAGUAUUAGGUGGUGUUGUUUUGUGUUUUGGGGGGGCAGGUAACAGCACACAUUUCUCCACCCUGCCUUUCCCGGCCCCACCCCUUCUACCGGACAGCCUCCAGGCCACAUCCUCAUCUCCAGAAGUGGAGCGCAACCUUCUCUUACACCUUAAAUAUGUAUAGACAAAGUCUGUAACAAUCCUUGUUAGGAAAUGUAGGAUGCAGCCUGGGAAAUGCCAUAACUGUCCGUCUAUAGGGUCGUCCUUCUGUCUGCCUGACUGUGCCAAUGCUGACACCCCCCCUUCUCUCAGGUCUGGAUAACCAGAGAACAGUCACCAAAUCACCAAUCCAAUCACACGAGGUUGUAGCAAAGCUUGAAAACCUCCUCUGCCAAAACUCACCUCAGUAUUUAUCGACCUAUCUUUUCCUUAUUUCAUCCAUUUUCUUUUUCUGCCCUUUUUCGCUUUAACGGCCGUCAUUCCAGAGAGUGACACUGACGACAUGGUUGAAGGCAUCGCAGGACCGAAAACACUUGGAACUAAUAAUUUCUUACCGUUAGGAGGGAACAAGAACUAUUUAUUGACUAUUCAAUAACUCUAUAGGACAAGAUGAUUAAAGCAUAGAUAACAUAGACGAUAACUUACAGAUGAAUCUAGAUAUAAUACCGUAGAUGUAGUCGUAGAUUAACAGACAAGAGAAUAAUUAAGAGUUUAAAGAUGUUCAUUUAUUUUGCACACACACAGUUCAUGCCACCGGCACGGUCGACGAUCAACUCUUUGAAAUACUCGCACUGGGUUUUUUCUUCGCAGUUGCCUGAAGCCAGAAAACAAACCCCAGUUCACAAGUUUUUGACUCUAUGCAGACGUCAUCGACAUCCUCACCUGCAAACGCUGUGGUACUGUAGAACGGACAAAUGAAACUGGAACGUGCGAUUCUGAGAUAAAUGCGAAGGUUGACACCACUUUUGCACACGUCACUCGACAUCACACCCACAAUGAAACCCCCUUCCUCGUCUUUCAUGGGCCUCUGUCGCUGUCUUUUUUCCCUCGUCCCUUCCCCUAACCCCUUUUCUCUCCUCUCCCUGGAAUGUGUUGCCCCCAUGCCCAGUAGUCGAGCAGAGCAUAAAGUCAUAAGAGGGAUAAGUGGAGGAUCUGUUUUUGUUGAUUGUCCUUUUUGUCGAGGAGUCUAGAGAGGUUACGGUUAAAACCCCUCCUACAGAGCCACAGUGCCUUCUGUAUCAGAGUCACAUUCUUCACCCUCCCCCUCCCUCUACCCUUGAUCUCCUCGCCCAAAAGCCACCCCCGUCCCGUCCGUCACCUCCUUACCCUCUGUAGUAGAGGAGAUCAACCACACUGCGCCUUAAAAGUCGAGUCCCGCCUGCUCCCACGCUAGCAUAGAAACGGGAGAGCGGUGACUUUUGAGACUGGGCCAUGCUGAGGAAAUAGCCAAGAGUCUUUAAAUUUGACACAAAGGAAAUCAAUAAUAGCAUCCGGUAUGAUGUAUCUUUUAAAAAUUCCAUUAUUCAAACAUACAAAGAUUUUCUUUUGCAAAGGAUCCACAGGAAGCCACGUGGUUUUGGCUUUAAAAGACUCGACCGGAUGCUGCUAGCGAGCUAGCCCUCUUGGCUUUCACCUCCCUGUUAGGCGUGGCGCCAGGGCGCCAUUUUGUGUCCAUGCCGGAGACGUCCUGGGUCCAGUUUCAGGCGGGUGUUGGUGAGAGGUUUACAGAGGUGCAAAGCGGCUCGCUUACUUCUCAGGUCCCUCUAGAGUUAGAUAGCUAGCUAUUUAGACAAUGUCGGGGUGAGUCGGCUACAAACACACGCAGGCCUCAGAUUGAGUUAUUGUACGGUUUCACCUGACAUUGUGUUGUUGACCCCAUCCACCUAACCUCUCUCCCCUUUCACUAACCCACAUCAACAGCAUGCCCACGCAUCAACACUCGACACCAAUGCGUGUUGACAGGAAAGGCAGGGAAAAAAACACCACCUCCAUUUUUUGGGGAGCUCCACGCCACACCACUCGCUUGUCCAGAAUUGUAACAGCGGAUCCAAAAUGGCCGACACACAACACUGCCCUUGUGUGGAAGCAUGUUGUGUGUGUACUUUUCCGAGGAACAAAUCCCAUCUUUUGGAAAAGAAACAAAAUGAGCAUUUGAUCUUGGUUUGUUUUUUUGUUGUUGUUUUACUUUUACUUUUUUUGGGAUGGUGAGGGGGGGUAUGCAAGUUUUUUUGGGGGGGGGCUCAGUCACCGCUUCUCUCCACAUCCGCUGUCCCGUGUCUUCACCUCCAGCUUCCUGUCACCGAUCGGGUGCUGAUCUCUGACGGAUCAUUACCCCCCCCCCCCCCCCCAUUGAUUCCUCGUCCUGCACGGACGAAGGAAAGACUUUACCAACACGUCAACCCAUCCACUCAGUCGGAUGUGAAAUUGUGUCAGCCGGUCAGUCGUGAGGCAACGUGUCGACAGGAACACGAAUAAGGGCUCUCUUUAAAAAACAACAACAACAACUUACCAUUGGGUGUUAAUGUACAGUAGUGCUGCCAAAAGUUGUGCUUAUGUAGCUGAAGCCACGCCGUGGUCGCCCCUUUGUACAGCACUAGAUGUGUGCAUGCGUGUGUGUAAGGGGGGGUGGGGGGUCAAGAGCGAUGUGGGGAGGGAGGGGCGCGUCAAAGGGCGAUGACAGAGAGAUUUUAAAGACGGGGGGGCCACAGUUUGGGGAUUGGAGGGGGGCGGGGGCAGAGGUCGUCGUGAUGUUAAAACACAAUUUCACAAUGGCACUGGACCACAUUUUUUCGGGCUCACCGUCAUUGCUCGGAAGCCAUUUUGUCACCGUCACCACGCUUGGUCACACUGUGAGGGGGGCGGGGCUACUGCGACAGGGAGACAUUUACCGUGGGUGUGAGAGUGAAAGAGAGUGUUUGAAUUGCGUAUGCAAGUGUUUUCAGCCGAAAUUGCUUUUUUUUUUU